UGCAGGUUGCAUCCCUGUCCUCCUGAAUGAUCGUUACGAGGCUCCCUUUGGUGAGUUUGUUGAUCUGUCGAAAGCAGUGAUCAAGUGGCCCAUGACCGAGGUUGAUGCCCUGAUGGAGUACUUGAAGCAAUUGGUCUUCCAGGACUCUGACAGGCUCCUCGAGCUCCAGGAGGCCGGCAAGGAGCUCCGGUGCUGGUACGCUUGGCCACCCAGCUGGGUGGAGUGGUCCUGGCUGGAAAUGAACAAGUCCAAGUUCAACAAGACCUGCCAGGACUGGCACCUGAGAAACGCGUAUGUUGCGGUAACUCGAUUGCUUGCCACAAAAGCAGGCAGCGCCCGGAGCCGCUUCUACUGGCCCAACGCGGCAGCAACGCCCACUGCCCUGGAGCGGCCGGGAGCGCUCUGAGAGAGGGGACCAGUCUGGUGCAGAAAAGAACGCCCUUGCCAGGAGCUGCUAGUAGCGUCCUUGUUACUAGUAGCGAUGCCAUGCCCUUGUUACUAGUAGCGUCCUUGCUCCUAGUAGAAAUGCCCUUGUUACUAGUAGCGUCCUUGCCCCUAGUAGUAAGGCCAGGAGCCCCCAGUAGCGUCCUUGCUAGAGCAAGGAAGCAUGCCGCUGUUAGUGUUUUUCCAUGUUUUUCCCGGUGUUUUUAGGAGGUUUGAGAAACUCCCGGUGGGCGGAGUGGAAGGGCGCAGCUUGCGGAGCGGAGGAGCGCAGUUAGCCAGAGACCUGGCAUCAGGAAUGCAAGUCUUUUAGGCUCCGUGAAGAUCAUUCUUUUUCUGAGUCCGCUUGCAUGAUGUUGCACCUGUUUGCAAGAUUCAGGAAGCAUGUCUGGAAAUCUAAGUUGAGUUGUCACUGUGGCGGAGUUUUUAGGCUCAACUUGCUGUCGCAGGUAGCAAAGUACCCCCUACUUAUCUGGGAAUCAUGGUACGUUCUUCGUGGAAAGUCUUGAGCGUGGCUGCCGCGCUGGUAGCUUUGUACAACACUUGCAACAGCUGGAGUUUUGUGCCGGGGCCAUUGAGAAAACA